CUCACACUAAUCAAAUAUGGCGGGCAGGCGGAAAGGAAGCUGUUUUCAACUCUGACAGCCUUUUAACUCCGUUCGUGGAGCUGAUCUCUACUCGCUGACAGUAGUUUUGAUUCUUCGUAUACAUUCUUUAUGAAAUGCAAGAGAAAACUUACCUCAAAGUUGUCCUUCUAGGAAAAGUCAACAGUGGAAAGACUUGCCUUGUUACUCGAUACAUAACGCGAUCUUUCAGUGAGGAAACUCCCAGCGUGAGUACAGUUAAGCUUACUUUAUCACUUUGAGCUCAGAGUGUAGAUCACCUCAGAAAUAAAAGAGAACAAACGUUUAAAUUCAAUCGACUCAAAAGUUAAGCUUGUAACUCGCGUUUCUCUCAAGAUGCAAUCUGGGAUUAGGUAUCACGCCAUUUUUUAGAUUUUUCAUGUUAAAAUUAAGAUUAACAUUACAGCCACCCUGUGUAAAGUAUAGAUCAGAAAAACACUGCAAAUUGUUUUGGGUAAAAUGUUUCUUCUAACUGUGGAUGGUAAGGCGAAUGUGUUCUCAAAUUUGUAGUGUUGUAUAUCUGCGAAAUCUUUGUUUUUCCUUUAAUGAAUUUUAUCAUCAAGAAAGUAUUAAAAUUUAUAGAUAGUGUGGACUCAAAUUGCGAUGCAUGACCACCUGUAUAGUUGGAAUAACAUUUUAACGUUCAAAUUCAUUGAUUGAUACUGAAAAUGGAAGAAUGUAAUUAUUACACUGUCUUUUACAUUCUACAUAACCUUAUCUUAUUUUCAUAAGUCUGUGUUGUGAAAGAGAACAGGCUUUCAGAAUAUAUUAACCAGAUCGAAGACCUCACAAACUAUGUUGAAUAGAAAUUGGAGACUUUCCAAUGUGAAUCGAAAAGAAAAAAAUUGCUAAUGUACAUAAAAAUACAUAAAUUAUUGCAGUAUUAAUGAGGUAAGAUAACAAUAGUUCUAUUUUGUUAAAAGUCCAAUAUUAUGCGAUAAUAUUUUGAAAUUUGUUGUCAUUUUGGACCUAUUUAGUUUGCCAUAAAUCACUACUUUACAAUCCCAGUGUCACCACGUGCUUUAGAACCAGAGAUGAAGAAAUGUUGCCCACUAUUUGAGACAUUGCUUUUGAUACAUGUAUAUUUAUCCAAUGGUACGGUUUUGUACUAAUAAUAUUAUUACAGUUGAACAUCUCCGCAUUGGCCCCCAGGGCUGUGCUCUAGCAGAGCCCAGUGGCCCCUGGCGCCUAACUUUUGCCCUUGGGCGACUAGAAAAUCUUACUUUCUUCAUACAAAUCAUAUGCUGGGCACCCUGGAUUUCACAGUUUCAGAGCUCUGGGCUCCCUUCAAUUUUCCUUAGAGCACAGCCUUGGGCCCCCUUGGGGAGAGAGGAAAGUGGCCAUUGUGGAGAGGUGGCCCUUAUGGGAAGGUAAGGGUGUAAUAUGACACAUGUUGUUUUUUGGGAAGGAGACUUUCUCUCGCACGCUUGUAUACGCCUGAUAAAAAUCACCAAAAUUAGCUACUACUACACAUUGUCUAGAAACAAAUGAGCCAAAAAAAAAAUGUUCUUAACUGACUUUAAGCCUAAGGUACGUUCUAAGAAUGUUAUAAAAAGGUUCUUAUAAAAAAAUACUGUAUUUGCAUUAAUUUAUCUUAAAUGAUUUGAAAGACUUGUGCCUUGAAUAAUCAUCGACACGCUAUACGGAGAAAAAAUUGCGUGACUAUUCUUGACUUUUUUGUCGGUCGCUGGCAAUUGGGGACACACUUUAGUGGCCGAUUCCCUUGUACAGAGGUGGCCAUUGUAGAGAAGUUUAAACUAGAAUCAAUGUAUGGACUUCCCGCCAGCACAAAAAAAGUGGCUGUUAUAGAGAGGUGGCCAUUAGUGGAGAUUUUACUGUGUGCAUUGUACUCACUAUCUGUCUUUUCUUUGGCUAAGAGCCUACGAAUCAACACAACUUACAGAUUACUUAGUCAGUUAUCUGCCAGCAGAUUACUGACUAAUUUGUAGGUUGCACGCACAAUGAAACACUGUAAAUUCUUAAAGCACCACAAAAUAGAAGAAAUAAUAAACAUUCCUCCCCUAAAAUAGUGUACUCUCACCAGCAGUAUACAAUAUCACACAUAUAUCAUGUAAAUAAAUUGCAAAUUAAACAUGUAAGUUGGCCAAAAAGGUAACAUUCUGGAAAGCUGGCAUGCCAACAAAAUAUAUCAAUUUGUCAAAAUUGUCUCAUGCAUUCACCACUGUGUAUGACAGUUUUGCAAAUUAGAGGCCAAGACCCCUUAACUGAAUUCAUUUCAUUAUGCUCUGAAAAUAACUUGGUGCCUGGCAAAUUUUCCACAUUUGGAGUUUGUGUAUUAAGCAAACCUUUUCAACAAAGUGUUCUUCAUGGUUCACAAUCCUUCUUAAGUGCUUUGUGAAAUGCAAAAAGUGCAUUACAAAAUUUUGCUUUUAGGAGGUGUCAACAGUGGGAAAACAUGUCUUGUUAUCCGAUAUAUUUGGGGCUUUUUUACAGAAGAGGUUCCCAGUGUGAGUACUGAUCCUCAUUCCAUGCAUAUUUUUAGGACUAGUUUUCCCCAGUUGAAAACAUGAGGUGAAGAUGUACAUCAUUGUGAAAUAUUUCUCCAGCAAUUGACAAGGCAACAUUUUAGAUGAAAUUCAGAGUAAAUUUUUUAAAAAUAAAUAUUCAUUGACAUAAUAUUUUCAAACCAGUCUACCAUUGUAAAUCAUAAUUUCAGGUUAAGGUAUUUUAAAUUUUAUCAUAGUUAAUUCAUAAUCUUAGCAUGAUUAACAAUUCAAAUUUUUAACAUUAGUUUUGUAUUUUAGUUUCUGCCUUAAUUUUGCCGGUGACCGUCGGAUGUCUGUAAACUAGCUGUAUCAUGGCUUAGAAGCAUGUUCACCAUGUAAAAUAAAGUGUCCAUGUCUAUUGUAAUGAUUUUCAUUGUUGACAGGUUUUGAAAUAAUUAUCAGUGCAUUUCUGAACAUAUAAGCUGGUAUUUUUGUGUCUCAGGUAACCUGUAUGUUGUACAGGUGUAUGUGCAUAUUGCACAUUUAAUAGAUAUGAGUUAAAAGUAAAGAAUUAAUAUGAAUUAUGAAUUGCAUUAAGUGUAAUUUAAAUAUUUCAGUCGUGGGUGUGUGACUACUGCAUGCAAUAAUUAUACCUACCACAGAAAUUUUAUAUUAUCAGUGUUCUUACCAGGAUUUUCUACACUGGGGUCCACAGGACCCAUAGAGCAGCUAAAAGGGUGUCAUAAGGGAUAAAAGUGGGUCACAAUUUCUAGAUAAAGUUAACUCAACGUUUUCACAGGUCUGAAUUAGAGUGAAUACAGCUGUACCUCAUACUUUCUUAGAUAAUGAUGAGUGUUUUCUAAAGAGGCCAUAACCAAUAAAUAUUAUUAUAUUUUGGCUACUUUUAUUUCAGAUCUUUACUUUAUAUUGUCGACAAACUUUUAAAGAAUGCAAUUCUUAACUUUUUGCCACCAAGUUUGUUUUACCUAUUCACAAAUGCUCGGAUGCAAGGAAACAAAAUUGACAUUACAUGUAUUCUAUGAAACAAAAAUAGAAACAAUCAUGUUUGGUUUAUCUUUUCUUGGCGUGUUGAAGUUAAUGUAACAUUAAAUAUUGUUCACCUGUUGUUUAUUUAUUAUUAUCUUUUUGCAGACAAUUGGAGCAGCCUUUUGUAGAAAAGAUCUUUACAUUCAAGGGAGAAACUUAUCCCUUGCAAUAUGGGUAGGUUUAUUUAUUGCUGUAGUAGUUCAGUUUGAUUUUGUACUCUUAGCCAGGCAAAUUUAAAUACAAUUAUCCUCUGUUUUGUUAUAUUGUUAUUUUAGGACACUGCUGGGGCAGAAAGAUAUCAAGCCAUGAGUGCAAUGUAUUAUCGCAGUGCAAGGGCUGCCAUCCUUUGCUUUGGUUUGUAAAGCCUUCUGGAUCAUUAAGUUAUAGAAAUUUUUAUUGUAAUACUUAUACAAAGUAAAAUAAAGACCUAUCCUGUAAACUAAAACACAAAAAGGAGGCUUGGGUCAAAAUUGGCCACCCCGGCCUUGGCCUUGAUACUGUGUCGAAAGAAAGGUCGACUUGAACUUUUCCUUCAGUUACUUUCAGUCAAGGGUUAUAAAAUAUUGAGUCCACUAACUCUUACCAAUGUGGCCCAGGCUCAAAUCUUGGACGAGACACCAUAUGUGGGAUGAGAUUUUUCUCCUAGCCUGCAAAUGCAGACAUAUUUUCUGCUGUCGCUUCUCUCCAGGCAAAAAAGUGAGAAGCGACUACUGGAAAUAUGUUUGCUUUUGCCGGCUAUUUUUCUCCAGGCACCUGGUUUUUCCUUCUCCUCAAAAAACUACCAUGUUUUCCAAAUUCCAGUUUGAUCAGGGAUGUGGUAGACAAAGAAACACUAUGUGGAUUUACCCUGUACAUGUACUACUUUUAUCGAUGUUUGUUUUAUUUUAAAUCAAUCAAUUAUUCUUACAUUAUGAUUUUGCCAUGUAAACACAGGAUAUCAUUAUAUUUACCAUAAUUUUGGUAAUUUCUUAGUUGAGUUACUACUUACCAACAUUUACAGUGAAGGAUAAAUAAAAUAUGAUCAGUAUGAAGAAUAUGUAUAAAGGAACUUAAAAUUAAGUGUAAAAGGUUUCAUUAUCCAGCAGAAUUGUGGGGAUAUGCAAAGGUUAAUUUGUUAAUUCCAUUGAAGAUGUUUCUGCUUCAGCUGGGGAACCUCAUACCUUCUGGUGUGAUAGUUGUCAUCCAGAUUAUCGCCUUAUCAAAUUUUGUGUAAAUGUUACAGGUCAAAAUUAUACUUAGGCUGAAAUUUUUUAACUUAAGUUGAUAAUUUUCAAUUUCCUUUGUCUCCUAGCCCUAAUUCAUGAAUAAUUAGGGCUAAGAGACAAAACGAAUUGGAAAUCACCCUUGGUGAAAAAAAAUUGACCUGAGUUUAAUUUUGUUUCUUAAAUGAGUAUUACUUGAACAUUUAUACACUAAAAAUGGCUUUUUAAAAUGUUUCGAAUGAUCGUAAAUACUAUAUGCGGUUUAAGAUCAGUGACAGUAUGAGUGAUAAUGAUAAUUGUAUUUUAAUUUGUUUAUAAAUGCUUUCAUCUUGACAGAUCUAACAGACAGUAGCAGUUUUGAUAAAGCAAAGUAUUGGGUUGGUCAACUAAAAUCUGCCGAGCCUGUAAGUUCCAAGUUGAAAAAACUAGACUCUAUCUUCAAGACCUUUUUACUCUUGGUAUCACUAGUAAUAGUUGACACUACAGUUGUGUAGCUCUUUGGAAUAUAUGUUAUGGUUCAAUUUUAUCCUUGGUUCAAAUUUUAUCUUCUUUUAUUUCAAAUGCAUUAUCAUAUUAUUACCAUACAUUACCAUGCCUGAAAACAAAAGAGCACAAAAUUUGAACCAAGGAUGAAAUUGAACCACAACAUUUACCAGUUCACAUGGAAGAUUUUCACACAUAACUGUAACAUGCAAUAUGUGAGAUAAGGCAGGAAACGCAAGGUCAAUUCAUGCAGCUUUGAUCAAAACACCCUUGAUGUUUCUUGAAUUUUUUCAAAAUACUUUGCUUUAAAAAAAACUUAUGGUUAGCUAGCUUGCAAAAAGUACUUCUAGGCACUUUACCUACACUGUGAAAAUGUAGCCUCUGCUCGCAGGAUAUAAUAAUCAUCCAUCAUUCUGCUGAUAAGCUACAAACGCUUGGUUUUUUUUUUAUUGUUCGCUUUGGAAAACUUGCUUGUUUGUGGAUUGAGCCCCAAAGUGAUUUGUGUCUGACAAAUUUGUAAAUAUCAUCUGUAGUGAAUUUUCUGUUAUUACAUGCAAAGACCCUUUUAAACUGUUUAAUUUCCUUUAUUGCUGCCACUGUUAAUUUAGGAUUGCAAGAUUUACCUUUGUGGAACUAAACUAGAUUUGAUAGAAGAAGCCAGACAGCCAAGAGAAGUUCAAAGCAAAGCUAUCACAAAUUAUGGCAGAGGUUAGUUGAAACAUUAAAUGUGGGGUACAAACUUCAAUUAUGGAAAUUCUGACUACUGUCACUGUUUCCAUAGCUUAUUUUGCCUUGUCUUGUUAUACUGACUUAAAGUUAUUUGUGUCAGUUAAUUUACACGUGUUCAUUUUUUGUGCCUGUAGAAAUUGGUGGAGAUGUAUUUGAAACAUCCAGCAAAAGAGGCUACAAUGUUGGUAAGUUGUUGGUACAUAAUUUGUGGAGUUAAAUGAAUUUUUAAAACUAAAACAUUGUUAAAAUCCAAGUGAAAGACAUAUUUUUUUUAACCAACAUAUUUCUCAUCGCUAUCCUGUUAUUUUUCGUUUUUAUCAGACAAAGUUUUUGAGAAAAUAGCAGAAGAUUUUAUGAAAAAUAAUAAAAUGCAAGCAUCAGGUAUGUGACUUAUCACAAUCAAAAGAACCUCAAUCAGAUACUUAUUAUCAGUAACUAUAGUCCUAGCAGAUACACUCUCGUCCAACACUUACCACAGAUUACAGGUUUUAAGCCCUACAAAAUAGGUUGAAAUAUUUCAAAACAAGGUUAUUACAAAUAAAAUUAAUGUUUUAAUAUUUUCUCACCACAUAAAAAAAAAUUAAAACUCAGAUUAGACUGUGAGCAGUAUACUACAAAACAAAAUAUAUAUUUGAUACUUAUACCGGUAGCUACACUACGUGUGAUGUCCCUUUUGCAUUUCAUAGUUGAUACUCUAGAACUUUUAAACUUCUGUUUUCAUCUUGUUUAUAGGACCAAAAGGAGAUUUGCAGCUAGAGAGAUCAACAGCUAAGAAGUCUUGCUGCUAACAAAGCCAGGAUGAAAUGCUGGACUGCAAAAGGCAAAGGGGGUCCCUGUGGCAUGAUCUGGUGAAACAGGAAACCCAGAUCAAACCACUGUCGUGUAACAUGAUAAGUUGUGAAAAGAGACUUAAAAUACUUAUAUAUAAAUAUCUUAGAUUAUCUUUGAAUUAUGUUUUUAAAAUUUGAAAAUUUACAUCAAAUUACCAGUACUACUGCAAUACAAUAUAGUCUGAUACCGUUAUUACGGACUUCAAGGGGGCCAUAUAAAGUAUCCAUAUUAAGCAAGUUGAAUUUAGAGAAAAUCUAAGGGCUUUCUUUCCCCAGGGACAAAGCAAACUGUCCAUAAUAAUGGGACUGUAUUGUUGGUUUUUACUUAAAUGAUUUUAGCUUUUUGGCAAUUCAAGACAACAGCCUUCUGUCAUUGCACAAAAUAUCUCCACUUGUCUAUUGGAAUGUUUUUAUUUAUGUCGAAGGAUAAACAGUUUCUUGCAGGAAUAUGCCAAUUUUUUUAGUUUUCCACAGAAUUUUAUCGAAAACUCAGCUGCUACAUUAUAGAAAUGUGGCAUAUCAAAAUAGAAGCAGAGAUGCCACAAAAACAUUACUGAUUAAGACAUUCAAUUUAAAAAUUGUUGUAUUUUUAUUUUAUUAUUUAUGGGUUUAAAUCCUAGUUACUGAGUUAAAUGUUGAGUAUGAGUUGCUCUUGGUCAUGUCUGAAAAUUGGCAGGAAAAUUUCUCACAUUUUUUUCAAAUCUGGGAAAGGGAAGUUACACUUAAGUCCAAAAAUAGCACAGUUCUUUUUACCUAUGGAUGUUCCAUGGUGUAUUAUGAAAACUAUCAAGUCUUCUUAGAGGCAUGUCUAAAACUGAAGGAAAAAUAUUAAUUUCAGUUCUUUGACUUUUAUUGAAUUAGCCUGCGUAGCAUGACGGUUUUGGUUGGGCGGGCUAAAUAAUAAAGGUCGGCGAGGGUAGAGAAACCGCAACUGCUCUUUCACGCACACUUUGCGCAUGUUUUUGCGGCUUUGCCGCUCAGUUGUGUUCCUGAUGAAACUGCCAUGCUACACAGGCUAUUACUGAAUAAAAUUCCUAGGACUUAAAUUUUAUCUAGGACAAGUAGGACUGACUGGGGGUAAAAUGGUUUUUUGUUGUUGUUGUUUUUCUACUUCUUAAAGGUCAAGUCAGCCUCUAGGAACUUGUGAAUGGAGUAUGGAGAUUUCACUUCUAAGUUAGUUUUUCUCGUAAUGUAUUAAAGUGUCAGGUAAACUGCAAGUGGUGCUAUUUAAGUAACAGGUGGGGUGCAUCCAACAUCCAAAAAAAUUGGAGUCAACAUCACUCCCCCCACACCUCUUUCUCCUUUCUGGUUAAUGUGAGGCAGAUUGUAACUGUGAGUUAGAAGAUUUCUAUCCAACUUUUGUGUCCCAGUUUACAAAAAGUUUGUUUGUAUUUUUUAUAUAUAUGAGGAAUGUUAUUAUAUGAUAUGAUAUCCAUUCAAAUGAGUGAGUCUCUAACACAUAUAUA